UACUGAUUCUUUGUUGUUUUCAAAAUGCUUCGGUUCUGUAGCAUGUUUUAAUUAAUUUCUUUAUUGCUUUGAUUAUGAUUGCAGUGUAGGGCUGUUUGCAAGACCACAAACUCAAAAAUAAGCCCAUUGAAUAUUACAAUUUUAAAUAAGAUAAUUGCAAAUAAAUUAAACCGUAGUACAUAAUAGAAAAACCGGUACACAUAUUGUCAUUAGCAAGCUUUCCUCAUUUCCACAGUAUUCAAUGGUAUUAUAUUUAUGCCGACUAUCCAAUGGUUAUUUUCAAUUAACAGUGUAAUUGAUACUUCAAGAACUCAACGAGGGUUGCCUCAAAACUCGUUUCGCGAAGGCAACUGUUAUGAAAACAAAUUUACGAAUCAAUCAAAACAUACGCGCAUCAAAAUAUAUCAGGCUCAACUUGUUUUCCCAUCGAAAGGGAUGAAAUGGAAUGGGAUCUGAUAGGAGGGCAGGACUUGAGAGAAAACAUGGAUGCGGAUGGGUUCACCACGUGGAAAAGGGAGGAAACCAACCUACGACCCCUAACGUUAACCACAACAAAUCAAAAACUUUCAAAAUUAUGUUUAGUGCUGAAUUUCUUCAUGUUAAAAAUACUCUUUUUAUGUAAGGGUAUACUAUCCGCAUUAAACAGAAGCAGAAUCACAGCAAACAUUUGAUGGAGACAACCGAACUCGUGUACUUUAUUGCCUUCGCGGGCCUAAUCUCGUCCGUUGAUAAGGGUAAUACAAUUGAGCCAAGGGGAUGGCUACCUGGCCGGUGCUGGGAAACGCCUAUUAAACGCCUGGCUGCUUCCGAAUGAGAUUUGUAUUGGGCCAGGCCAAUCUCUUCGUCCUGCCAGACAGGGAUGGCCAUACACUAUCUGCCUGGGAUGCAAAUGGCGGCGAUGGGAGGUCCUGGGAUAAAUAGCUCGUGGAUGCGCAACGAACUCAGCAGUAGCACUUUGACCAGCCCGGCGAAAGGAUCGAUCGCCCAGAGAUGAGUGACUUCAGCAUCGAGUAUAUUCUGAACCGCGCCGGCGAUAGAUAUGUGGGCACCAAUGCCUCGGUGGGCGUCCUUCAGCGACUUCGUGCCAGCCUGCCGUUCCAUCCGUACGCCCCGCCAUCGUAUUCCAGCAAGGCUCCUCCUCGGGGAUCUCCUCCAGCGGUGGCCGAGUGUCAGGUUCCGGUCUACGACUGGCUGCAGUACACCCGCUAUCAUCCGCCCAAGCUGCCCAGGGCACUGCGGCAAAGUGCUCCCGCCAAAAGGACUCCCGGCCGCCUGCCCCGCAUCCCCUUCACUCCCCAGCAGCUUCAGGCUCUGGAGAGUGCCUACAAGGAGUCCAACUACCUGAGCGCCGAGGAUGCCAACAAGCUCGCCGAAUCCCUGGAACUGACCAACACGCGGGUCAAGAUCUGGUUCCAAAAUCGAAGGGCCCGCGAACGACGGGAGAAACGCGAAAAGGACGAGAGCUGCGACUCCACCUUCUCCUCGAAUGCCUCCAGUCCGGAACCGGAAAUGAUAGUCGUAGCUUAAGAUGGAGAAGGAUCCACUCCAUCUCCUCUUCCACCAUGGCUGUUACCGUGUAACUUCACAUUCAAAUUAAGUGGCUUUCUGUAAAUACAUUUACAUAUUUGUAAGAUAGCAUAAGUAAAACAAUAUUUCCUAAA